GCCUCCAGGGCUGUGUGGCCGUAGGGUCUGGCCCUAACGCUACACUUGAGGUGUCAUCAGGUAAAAAUUCCUAGAAUGUCGCUGUGGUAUGGACUCUAGCGCCAUCUCCAAGAGCAUUCCGAUCGAAAUGGCAACAAGCCUUUUGAAGACACCAUCUCUCUCUAUGAGGACAAGAUUGCUACAUCCAACGGGAUUGUCAAUUUAUAAUACAUUGCAUGGCUUCAGUGAGGGAGAAGUAAAGAAAAAACUUCAGCAGUUUUCUGGUGGAUCCAUUGACCUUCAGAAGGAAGACAAUGGCAUUGGCAUUCUUACUCUGAACAAUCCAAGUAAAAUGAAUGCCUUCUCAGGUGUUAUGAUGCUACAACUUCUGGAAAAAGUGAUUGAAUUAGAAAAUUGGACAGAGGGGAAAGGCCUCAUUGUCCGAGGAGCAAAAAAUACUUUCUCUUCAGGAUCUGAUCUGAAUGCUGUGAAAGCAUUAGGAACUCCAGAGGAUGGAAUGGCCUUAUGUAUGUUCAUGCAAAACACUUUAACAAGAUUUAUGAGACUUCCUUUAAUAAGUGUCGCGCUGGUUCAGGGGCGAGCAUUGGGUGGAGGAGCAGAAUUUACUACAGCAUGUGAUUUCAGGUUAAUGACUCCAGAGAGUGAGAUCAGAUUUGUCCACAAGGAGAUGGGUAUAAUACCAAGCUGGGGUGGCGCUUCCCGGCUGGUUGAAAUAAUCGGAAGUAGACAAACUCUCAAAGUGUUAAGUGGGGCCCUCAAACUGGACUCACAAAAAGCUUUAAACAUAGGAAUGGUCGAAGAGGUCUUGCAGUCUUCAGAUGAAACUAAAUCUCUAGAAGAGGCAAAAGAGUGGCUAAAGCAGUUCAUCAAAGGGCCACCGGAAGUAAUCCGAGCUUUGAAAAAAUGUGUUUCUUCAGGCAAAGAGCUAUGUUUAGAGGAGGCAUUACAGAACGAAAGAGAUCUUUUGGGAACGGUUUGGGGUGGACCUGCAAAUCUAGAGGCUGUAGCCAGGAAAGGAAAAUUUAAUAAAUAAUGUUUUUAAAAAUACUAAUGUACAAGUAAAGCUCCAAUGAUUAAUAUGUAUAAAAGUUAAAUGAUAUUAAAUAUGCACAUCAGAAUGACUUUGAAGGCUACGACCAGUAUUCAAAUUUGUUUUUAAUAAUUUUUUGAAUAUCUGAA